GAGGAGGAAGACGCUCUUCCAUCAAAUCCAUUCUACUGUUAUUAUUCUGCCACAUUCAGUCCACCCAUCAUCAAUUCCUCUUCUCUCGCACACGCGUGCAGAAAACUUCACCUCUUCCUUCAUCUGCCACUUGGCACUUUCGAUUGUAAAUUCACCCUCGCGCGUGAUCAGUCAGUUACCUUCGAAAACAGUACCACUUGCCUGUCGAAGGUCAUGAUUGUUUGGCAUGAGCUUCGAUAACCCCUCCUCCUUCGCGCACUGGCAGUCCUCGAUCACUUCCGCUUCGGACAAACAGUCUCAACCUCGACAGCCUCGACCAGCCCAAUCUCCUUGGGGACAACUCUCCUCCCUGUCCAGCUCCAGACGUGGGUUGACCCCCCUUGCGAUCUCGAACUUGUCCUCGUCCUCGGCUACGGGAACGCGCAGGGACCAGGCGCUAUCUGAGUCCGACUUGUACACCUCAUCCAUCUCUCCCUCCUCCGGCAAUUUUCCUCCUCUCCUUACCAGUCAAACUCGCCUAGGUUCAAGGCGGGGGACACCACCUGGCUCCUCUCACUCAAAUUCUCCCGUCAACGCUCUCCAAGCUGGCGCUCAUCAAGUGCAAGCAUAUUCGUCCCGCUCCGUCACAUCCCCCAGGUCAAGAACCCUUACCCCUUCUCAAUCAUCCGCCACUGCUAGUGCGGGUCCCUUCACGCAGUCUGGCCUUGGGGCCGGAGGUGGAGGAGUGUACAGUAGGAGCGGUGCAUAUUCUCCCUCUUUGACCGGGCCUGGUGUAGGCUCUCCUACCGGUGCAAACUUCGAACGAUCCCCCAGCAUAUCAUCCAACGUCGGUUCCACCGCAACUGGUCCCUCGUCCCUAUCCAAAAUAUCGGCGACUCAGAUACUCCUCCUUCUUGAUACUAUCAGCGAAAGAGAAGGCAAGACCAAGUGGGAAAGCAAGGCCGAAAAGAUCAGGAAAUUACUUGACUCAAACGGCAUGGAGGUCUUUGCACCAUACUUCAGACGCGCUGUCACGUCCAACGUGGCCGCAAUCUUCUCUGGGGCCAAAGACUUUGACCAAGGCAGCUACAAGUUGCUGCGGCAAGAGGUGGACAAAGUAUUCUGGGAUCCAGAACAGCCCUCUAAAAUCGCAGAAGCCAUCGAUACCUCGAAAGAAGACAUUUUCCGCGACUUUGACCUGGUGGCUUUCAUCCAACAUUUCUACGCCGAUACUCUGCCUCAGGUCAUCCUAGCCGUCGCUUUCACCAAAUGUACACGAGUCGAUCUCAGCACCAAGGCAGAGAGCUUCCUAACCGACUUCGGCCAGAAUUCACUUCACACACUGUCCGAAGGUCGUGGUAGCACGCACGCAUUGGCUCCCGAGAAUCUGUGCUCGGUAAUUGAAUAUUAUGCCCUCGCGGCUGGGACGAAAACACAGCAACAGAAAAAUGACCUGUGGACUGCAUUAUCAUCACGCUGCGUUAAUAUGAAAGAUGAUCAGUUCACUGCCGUCUUGACGUCGUCUCAGCUAUUGCGCAUUAACACCUCGCGCAGGGAGAUGGCGCGCGGUCUACAACGACACGGUGUGAAAACGACAUCAUCAAAGCAAGCUGCACAAGACUUCCUGGAAUCACUCAAUCCAACUAGCGUUACCGAGGCCGAAGUAGUCAACGCUUUGUUGUUCCUGGUCUUCUCUGUGAAUCAAUCAUACGACAUAAGCAAUUUUGUCUCAGCCCUUGUGCCGAGACAACUUGACUGGAAUCUGAUCAUUCAAGGGUUUGAUAUCCCUGGUUUGCGACUACGGAGAAACUACUUCCCACGACUAUUCAAGACCUUGCGAGAAGUUGCCUUGGACGAUCGCGGAUUUGACCUCCAGAAGUUAUGGGGCGGUCAAUGGCAGAACCCGGACACGCAGAUCUCCCUCCUGGGUGGCUUCCUUGCCAGUUCUUCGGCGGAAGUAGAGCCUUCAAAAAUUCCAGGUCUUCGGCCAAGCUUGACGUUGGAUGAGUUUAGGAAUGCGUCCGCCGAGAUGAAGCGAUUUCUUGAAGCAGAAUUGCAAACCCCCUACGCGUCCGCUGAUGCAUGCCAGGCCAUCUUCGAGGUCGCUUUAGGACCUAGCACUGCGCCUGACGGCGAAGAUCGUCUCGACAUAUUGAACGACGUCUAUCGGAAUCAUCCUGCAAUUUUCUUGCUGUAUCUGUCAAAGGUCAGCGCAAAACCAUGGGUUCCGGACCAAGAAAAGUUCAUCGCUGAAUGCUUCGGGUUGUUCCUCGAAAAGCAGCGAACAGACUACCGUGCGGUUCUAGAAACACUCUCCUCACAAAAUCCACACUUCCUUUUCGAUCUCUGCCAUCUCGUAUUUCAAGUCGAUCCUCGGCAGACGGAAACCAUCUAUGAACGGGCCGAGGAAUUUGGCUGGACACAAGACUUUCUCAGACAUUGGUCGAACCCUUUGGCACUCGAUCUUGCUUGCAUCCGGAACAAGGUAGAGCCAGAGUUCGAUUUGGACCAAUACAUCUCCGAAGCCGCUGAAGGUCACGAUAAUUUCGGCACGAUCCUUUUCAAAUAUCUUCGCAUCAAGGCAGACGAUGAAUUUCGCGUCCAGCGGGGCGAGUCUGCGCCCCAAUCCAUUCCUCUCAGUUUGCGCACAGUUCACACCCUGCUCGAGAAAUUGGAAGAUCAUCUCGGAGAACGAAGCAUGGUUGAGGCUGCCCAAACCACGUGCCUGCAAACGUACCCUCGUCUCAUGAACUAUGGGGCUGGCUUCGAUGACAUCCUGGAAAGAAGCAGCCAAGAAAAGGGUAACAAGCUUCCCGAAGCCAUCGACAAGCAAAUGUCGGAGUUGUUUGGCCGGAUGUAUCGUUCUGAGCUCUCGAUCCGCGACAUGGUUAACGAGAUGCGAAGAUACAAAACCUCGACAGAUCCGGAUCAGCAGGAUCUCUUCUGCUGCAUCGUACACGGGUUGUUUGACGAGUAUGUCUGUUAUAACGAAUACCCAGAGGAUGCCCUAGAAAAGACGGCUCUGCUCUUCGGAAGUAUCAUCAAGUACAAGCUCUUGCCUUCAAUUCCACGAGACUUUGGUCUGGCUUUGAUCUUGCGAGCCGUCCGUGACCACGAUUCGGACAGUCUCAUGCAUCGCUUUGGUAUUGAAGCACUGCUACAAAUCAGUGAUCAGCUGUCUGAUUGGCCGGGUCUCUGCAACCUGCUAUUGCAAAUCCCCAAGCUCAAACAUCCGGAAAUAUUGCAACGUGCAGAAGAAGGACUUCAAGCGCAGCAAGCAGCUGGCACCAACGGCAUUGAUGGCCCCGCUAUCAAUGGCGAUCCACCCGAGCAGGGUCGCGGAUUUCGAGCGUUGCGAGCUGAUCCUCCUCCUCCUGGCGCUCACUUCAAGGACCCCGAUCAGAAAGUGCAAGAGAAAAUCCUUUUCGUCAUCAACAACCUCUCGAAGGACAAUAUAUCCAGCAAACUCGUCGACCUGAAAGAGUCAUUCGACCCGGAGCACUAUCAAUGGUUCGCGUCCUAUCUGGUCGAGCAGCGUGCCAGAGUUGAACCAAACAACCAAGAGAUGUACUUCCAACUUGUCAACAUGCUGAGCGAUGAUCUCCUCAUGUCAGAGGUUAUUCGCGAGACCUACGUUAGCAUUGUCAAACUGAUGAGCUCGGAGUCGACCAUCAAUUCCACCCAGGAGAGGGGUCAUCUAAAGAACCUUGGUGGCUGGCUAGGGUCACUAACUCUUGCUCAAGACAAGCCCAUCAAGCACAAGAACAUUUACUUCGUGGACUUGCUUGUCGAGGGGUUCGAGACUCAGCGUUUGCUAUUGGUCAUCCCCUUCACCUGCAAAGUGUUGGCUCAGGGUGCCAACUCGCUGGUCUUCAUGCCACCCAAUCCAUGGCUCAUGGAGAUCGUAUCGGUAUUGGUGGAAUUGUAUCACUUUGCCGAACUCAAGUUGAACCUCAAAUUCGAGAUCGAAGUUCUUUGCAAGGACCUUAAGCUUGACUUCAAGAAACUCGAGCCCGCCAAUGUCAUUCGAGUGCGUCCUCAAACAGACGAUGAGAUGACGGCGGUUUCUGCUCUCCCAGACGUCCUGGAGAAUUUCGAUGAGUUGUCACUUAACAGUGGGCUGAACCGACGUGAACGCCUUUCGGCAGCAGAGAUCAUGGCAUCGCUCCCUAACCUGGAAGAGGUGCUGAAAUAUCCUCCAACCUCAGGCUCACCGGCAGACCAGGCUAUGAUCAAGAACAUUAUUUAUCGUGCAUUUGAUCAAGCCAUUCAGGAAAUCAUCGCACCCGUUGUUGAGCGAUCCAUCACCAUCGCUUCAAUUUCUACAGCUCAGCUCAUUGCGAAGGACUACGCCGUGGAGCCAGACGUCGAGAAGUAUCGAACUGCCGCUAGACAGAUGGUCAAGUCAUUGGCUGGCAGUCUAGCACUUGUGACAUGUAAGGAGCCGCUCCGGAUGAGCAUUUCGAACUAUAUCCGCCGACCAGCCCAGGACGACCUGCCGGAGCACUUGCUGCCCGAGGGCGCCAUCUUAAUGUGUGUCAAUGAUAAUCUUGAUACUGCUUGUUCUUUUGUCGAGCAAGCCGCGGAGCAGCGUGCUGUCCCUGAAAUUGAUCAAGUCAUCGAAACCGAGCUUGAAGAGCGUCGCCGAUUCGCUGCCGAUGGUGGAACCAGAGAUUUCAUCCCAGCAAACACCAGUCGCUGGUCAGCCUGGAUUCCUGAGCCGUACAAGCAGACCGUUGGUGGCCUCAAUGAAGCCCAACGAGCAGUUUACGAAGAAUUCGAUCGUCGGGUGCACGGAAUGAAUUCCAACCACAUCCCGAACCUAUCAGCCGAUGCCGCACGCCAGAUUCCGGACAUACUGCAAGAUCCUCUGGCUAUGCCGAAUCUUGCGACACCUGCUGAACAGCCCGCGCUUCCGCAUCAAAGUCCGUUGGUGCAACAAGAGAAUCGCAUGCUUUCGGCAAUGCAGCAACCGCGUGUCAAUGGCUUCGCAGAAACUCUUCCUCCCCAAGAGCGGAUUUCCAUCCUCAUCGAAGAUGUGCAGAAGGCGGCAAGAGCUUCGGAGGCCCUGCGGCUGAAAGAUUUGGAGAAGAACAGCUCUAUCUUUCAGGAUUUCCGGCAAAUUCUCAUCGUCCUUACCUCGUCAACCCGUCCUGCAGCCGAUCUUUUGGCAAGACAAAUCGCUGAGAAGCUCUGCAACAUUUUCGUGUCGAAACCACCGCAAAGCCCGCUUGAAGCCGAAGUACUCGCAUUCUUGCUAUCUAAGCUUUGCCAGUUGUCUGAGCUGAUCAUUCGGGAUGUCCUCAGAUGGAUGACUGCAAAUGAAGACUUGUUGCUCGCCAGCUCCAAUGUGGUUGUGGCACUUGUCACUGUUGGCUUGAUGGAAUUUGCCCGAGUGGAUGUUGCCGUUGCUUCGAUCUUGAUGAGCAGGGACACACACGGUAUCCAAGUACUGUCCGACAUUCUCGACCAAACUUUGUUUACCGAUGAGCCGGUUGCACUUCGAGCCGACUUUGCUAACAGCCUCAUCGCCAUGUCGGCGUGGCUCAAGGAAACGCCGGAUCUGCCUCUAGCUUCCAGAAUUAACCAGAAGUUACGAGCACAUGGCAUGCCGCAGUUUGUCAGUGUGGACGUGACAGACAAGACGAAAGCCAAGCAAGAUCAGAUGCGAUACGUCUUCGACGAGUGGGUCGGCAUCUUCGAGAACCUAGGUCCCAACGAAGGCACAUGUGCCGCAUUCCUCAAGGAGUUGCACAAGGAGCAGACGAUUAAUAGUACCGAGGAUCUGACGGAAUUCUUGCGACUGUGCAUCGACUCGUGUGUCGAGUGUUAUGAUUGUGAGGCACAGAGUGUCCGCGGAAGUGUCGAGGUUGCCUUCUCUCAUGCCGAUGCCCUUGGCCGGUUGGUGAUCAUGCUGGUCAAAUUCCAAGGCGACACCAACGGCGCUGUUCGGAUCAGCAAAGCCCCAUAUCUGGAAACCAUCCUCACGGUGCUGGUCCUGAUUCUGAAUCACCACCAAAUCAUGCGAGGCGUGGCUUUUCAUCAGCGACUCUUCAAUCGGCUCUUUGCCACCAUGCUCUACGAGUAUUCGGCUGCCAGAUUGGACGAAACUCCCGAGCACGCCGAGUUGAUGCUCGCCUUUGCAAAGUGUUUCAGAUCUCUUCAACCUCUGUGGUUCCCAGGCUUCAGCUAUGGAUGGUACAGUCUUAUUGUCCAUCGGGUCUUCGUGGCCGGUAUGCUCCGUCCGCACAAUCAUGCGGGAUGGGACGCCUAUCGCGACCUUGUAGGCUUGCUGUUGCUGUAUAUCUCGGAGCUGUCCAAGACACCUGGCCUGGAUCUACUCAACCUCGAUCUGUACAAAGGCACGUUGAGAAAUAUAUUGAUCCUGCUUCACGACUAUCCGGAGUUUUUGUGCGAGAACCACUCGUACUUUUGCUCAAGGAUUUCGUACGGCCUGCCACAAUUGAGAAACUUGAUUCUCACUGCAAAGCCUUCAGCCUACCACGACCUGCCGGACCCAAUGACUCCGGGCCUGAAGAUCGAACGUCUGGACGAGAUCAAGCGCAACCCCGUUUUGGCUUCCGACUUCGAUGUUCCAUUGCAGCAAGAUCUCCUCAAAGACACCCUCGUCGAUCUUUUGCGCAAGAGCACCGAUAUGGAAGCGGCCUUGAAACAAAUCAAGCCUGUUUUACAAGAUGCCGAGCGGCAAUCUUCAGUCAUGGCGCCGCCGAAAACGAUGGAGAUCAUGAAUGCCCUUGUGCCUUUUGUGGGACAAGAUGCACUCACCAAUGCUCCGGGCAGAUUUGAUGCCAACUCUGUGCACGUCAACUUCGUGACCAAGCUUGCUGCGAGCCUUGGCUCCGAAAGUCGUUAUCAACUGCUCAAUGCGAUUGCAGAUCAGAUCCGCUAUCCCAACACACAUACUGAUUUCUUCUGCAAGCUCAUGCUCCAUCUUUGGGGAUCGGGCAAUGCUGAUGCUCAGCAAGGUGAAGUUCGGGAACAAAUCUCACGUAUCGUCUAUGAACGCCUCGCGGUUGCUCGACCACACGUCUGGGGCAUGACGAUUCUGUUCUUGGAGCUACAGAACAACCUAAGUUAUGGGUUCUGGGAGACUGUAGCACCGGACUCCAACAUGCAACAACGUCUACAGCAAGCGAUGCGGACCAUUCAUUGACAUUAGGAUAACCGGAAAUCACCACUGUCUUGGAGAACGACGAGAGCGUCAGCACAAUAGCUGUCGACGAGAGAGCAAUGCGGUUGUGCAUAAUUCAGCAGCAUGGUGAAGGAAAGGAAAAGUGAAGGGAACAUUGGAUUGGGAUUGAACAAUUCCUUUCUUGUACACAUUUUCUCACAAGUUUCUAUGUGAAAUGCCGAAGCAACUUGGCAUUUUCGUGUUCUUGUCUAUGUGAAUGCAUAUCAUGGAGCGAUGAAUCCCUGGGUUGGUGCUGGUGGACCGGAUGGAGAAGCACGAAUCAGGGCUUGAUUUAUAGCAUGAGCGACGAUUGGAGUUUCCAGAGGUAAAAAGUCAGAACUUAUUGAUUAAUUCUUGAUGGCGAGGGAGACGUGGAAAAAGGAAGCCAGGCCUGGUAUAGACAUGGACCAGACCUGGACUUGUUGCAACCACUCACUCUCGCUUAUUGUAGCUGACAAGCCCUUUUUGUGUACCAUAGAUGGCUUUUGAAUGAACUUAGAUUAUAC